AUGGUUUUCAACUUGUACACAACCAGCAGCUCACCGGCUUCGGCCGAGAGUGGCCCAACCAAACCCAUCUACCUCCUUCCGAGCUUCACUUUCCCCUUUCGUCGACGCCGUGCACCAUCAACAACACUGUCUCUGACAUACGAUCACCACCUGGACGACACUGAAUCCGACACUAGUGUCCCAUCACUCUCCAGUUCCCCAGACUCAUUCGCCACUGCCUUUUCAUCCUCCGAUUACACCCCGACGGUCCAGUCAAAUUCAAAUCCCACACGCCUCUCACCCAUCCAACCCGACAUCCUCCGCUGCGCCCACUGCGCAAGCGACAUAGCCCUCACUUCCCAGAUCAUCAGCAAAGGCUUCACCGGCCGCCACGGCCGCGCCUAUCUCGUCUCACCCACUACACCUUGCCGGUCCUCGCCCGGGUCCGGGUUCUUCCAUCACCAGGGGCAAUCGCCAUCUGCCAACAAGAGCAAGAAAACGACAGACCUACCAAACAUCCUCACCGAAGCCCCCGAGUCCCGCCGCCUGGUAACGGGCCAGCACACCGUCGCCGACAUCACCUGCGCCGUGUGCGGCACCAAGCUGGGGUGGAAGUAUGUGGAUGCCAAGGAAAGCUCGCAAAAGUACAAAGUCGGCAAAUUCAUCUUGGAAUGUGCCAGGGUCGUGACGUUUAGGAGUUGGGAGGACUGUGAUAACCGGGAGGGUGCUUCUGGGGGUAUGGGGAUGGAUGGAAAACGGGGGACGGUCAAGAGGGUAAGUGGAAAACGGAAGCAGAAGGAAGCAGUUGAUGACGAUGAUUAUGAUGAUGAUGGGGCAGAGGUGGACAAUCAGGAACAGGAACAGGAACCCGUCUCUUCGCCAACGGCAGCAGUGGUCUUUGACUCGGACGAUGACUCGGAAUGCGAUGAUAUCUUUGCUGGAGUCUGGGAUGCCGAGACCGUGGCUAAGCGGCGUAAGGGGAAGGUGACCAACAUGAAGCCGCAUAGGGGAGGGCUUUCCUGGUCGUGA